AUGCCAUCCUUGGCUCCACAAAUGCGACUUCCCUUCCGGAAAAGUCGACAGUGCUACGAGAUCAAUCCCCCGGAUCAAGUCCAUAAUGUCGUCUACCUCGGGAAUGUCCUCACUAUUAUGGCAAAGGGCGAUCAAAGUAUUGAGCGACCAUUGCACGCGAUAUGGGCGUCUUACUCGACCAGGAAACGAGACGUAGCCAUGAAAUUGAGUGUAACGCGGCAGGGAUUGAAGGUCGAGACCAAGGAACUCGGGUAAGUAGUGCAGUUAACUGCUUUGGAGCUGCAAAAUCGCCAAAUUUUUACUUUUUUGUAUUGUUUUUGUGCUGUUUGGUAAAGAAAAGUUAUUGAUUUUGAAGGGAAGGCCUUCGAUAUUACACUAUAACGUUACACUUCCUUGCAUCGUUCUUUCGCUUGGGAACCAUUAAAAUUUAUGGUCAAAUCGAAGGGAAAACAAUCAAAAUCAAUGGGAAUUUGAGCAGACAACCUUCGAUUUUACUUUGGCUUAGCUUUUCAAAGAAUAAAUUAAAGAAACAUACGGAAAAGAUAAAAAAAAAAGCUAAAUUAUCAUCAAAAUCAUCUAAAUCAAUGUAAUUUAAUCUAAUCUCGCUCGAUUUUAGUGUCACCGAGUAUUGGGCCCAUCGAAUUACCUACUGUUUUGCGCCUCCCGAGUACCCUCGAGUCUUCUGCUGGGUCUACAAGCACGAGGGAAAGCGGAUGAAGCCCGAACUCCGCUGUCACGCCGUCCUUUGCCGGAAACGCACUGAGCCGGCGAAAAUCGCCGAGACCCUGACCAACUACCUGCACGCGGCGUUGCUGGUAAGUCUGCGUGAGAAACGCGACCCUCUCGUCUUCGUCAAAAUGUUGUGAAAUCGGUCCUUUUACGGUGCCCACGCGUUUCUCUUUUUUUCUGCAAAAUUUUACACAAAACCGAUCACAACUGCCAGAAAAUUGUUAACCAAAGAAGGAAAUUAAUCAGCAUUCCUUCCUUGUAGUGCAAACAAUUCGAAGAACCGAUUUUACCUACAAAAUUGGGAGAAAACACAUCACUAUUAUUGAUUUUUUCAGGAAUACAAACGAGAAAAAUUGGCCAUGGAAAAGGCGAGGAAAUCGGUGGUAACUGGUCCCCAGAAUGGAGAGUUGUUGCCCAGGAGGAAGAUGAUGCUCCAAAGUGGUACCCUCAACUUCCGCCCGCCCGUAAAUCGCUCCAAAAGUGCGCCUCGGUUGGGUUCCAUCAACGAGGAGGAUGAAUUGGAUGAAGACGAGCUAAAUCUGCACGAUCAGAGUGUCAGCGACUACGAAUUCGAUGAGGUGAGACUUGCAUCCUAUUUUAACGCAUUUCUGUUGACAUUUGGGUCUAAUUUUAGUCCAUUUUUAUUCCAUUUCCCACAUUACACUUGACUUUAUUACCAAAAUAAUGUUUUUUCUGCAAAGUGUGGCCAAAAAUACUUGCGAAUUAUGAAAUUAAGUCGUGUUUACGACGCGGCGUCCUCUCCGAUAAUAUGCCACCUGUUUUUGAUGCGAAAGUCGCGGUUAAUUACCUAAAGUAUCAAGUUUUUGGUUAUGAAACCGCAAGUUUUUUGUUGUUUCUGACGGCCAAUUUGUGCAAUUACCGUCAGUGGAGUGGGAUUGUUUUGACUUCUUUGUUUGGUUCCUACAGCGUUUCGAGUGUUUUAAUUCCAUUUCCCUCGAAUAAUUUGCCUGGUUAAUAUAAUAAUGUAAUAAUUGCUGGGUCAUCGGUUUCCCAAUUAGCCGCUGCUUCGUCGCGCUCUGUUUUCGAAUCGAUUCCGGAUCCGCACGCCGAAAAAACUUUCACCCAACGUCGAAAUUAAAGCCCCCGAGGGCAUUUCCCUUGUUUUAAUGAAUAAAGUAAUGUGGGGGUUAAUGAAGCCCUCAGGCUGAUAUCCUGGGAAUUGAUAAGCGACAAACCGAAACAAAUUGGAUUUGAAUUACACGUUAAGGAAAGGGGAAGGGUGUGACGGGGAGGAUCAAGGGAAAGUAGUGGGUUUCCAGUACUCUGAGGGGGAAAUAAUAGAAUUAAAGCGAACGUAGCCGCAGGGGAUUUGGUUCAGACGCAAGGACGACAAUGUUUGAUCAACUAGGGGACUAAAAAUAUCUAGAAUUUGAGGGAAAGCCAAGUGUAAGGAAGAAAAAAACUGAUGAAAUCACUAGUAUAAUGUAAUUGUUGAAAAUUAAUGUUAAUGCCGAUAUUUUCAGUCAUCUGACGCCGAAUCGUUCGGAUAUCGAGAGACCCCUCUUCUGGGAGGUCCACCUAGCCUCAGGGCGUCGAAUCAUUCGUUCAGCCAAGAAUCCACGACCUCAACUUCCACCCAAGAAUCAUCAACUGCCUCAGGGCCCACAAAUCCCCCCUUCCGAAGGCAGCUUUCCCUGUGUUCGGCUAAUCGAAAACGCUUCGCUGAGAGCCGAUUCCAAGGCGCGAACACGGUGAACGUCUGCGAGAGGGAAGAGUUUGAAGAGGGGGUUGUUUUGGAAGAGGAUGAACUCCCAAAUGAAGAAGGGCAGUCCUCUGCCUCGAGCUGUGCCAGCCUUGACGAUGGAUUCGGCUCUUCGGCUAGCCACAACUCGGACUUUGCAUUCAAGCAAGAUUACCCUCAAGCACCGCAGAACUCGCCGAAUUAUACGGAAAAGUCCAAAACCGGUUCUCAAAUCACACUUACACCUGAUUUGACGGAGCUUUCGAACGAACUCAGCCAAUUGUGCAGAGUCAACAAACGCCCGGAACAGACGAGUAUAGAUUCGGACGGUCUGCUGAGCGAUGAGAGCGGCUUCAGUGAGGCCAAAAUGCCGUUGGGGUACAACAGUGAUGAGGAAUUGAACAACAACAUUGACCCGGUUCAAGAGGUCAAACGAAUUCUCCAGAAUAACUGCCAAGUCACCGCUGUCUGA